AUGUCCAGCAACCUCUCCUUCGUCCUCAACAAACCAGGCGACGUCUCCUUCGAGGAACGUCCCAAGCCCUCCCUCGCAAGCCCCCACGAUGUCCUCGUCGCCGUCAACUACACCGGCAUCUGCGGUUCCGACGUCCACUACUGGGUCCACGGCUCCAUCGGCAAGUUUGUCGUCGAGGACCCUAUGGUUCUAGGCCACGAGUCUGCCGGAACUGUUGUUGAGGUUGGCGACAAGGUCAAGACCCUCAAGGCCGGUGAUCGCGUCGCUCUCGAGCCUGGAUACCCUUGCCGUCGCUGCCAGAACUGCCUCGCUGGCAAGUACAACCUCUGCCCUGAUAUGGUCUUUGCCGCUACGCCGCCUUAUCAUGGUACCUUGACUGGUUUCUGGUCUGCUCCCGCCGACUUUUGCUUCAAGCUUCCCGAUAACGUUUCUCUUCAAGAGGGAGCUUUGAUUGAGCCUCUCGCCGUCGCUGUCCACAUCGUCAAGCAGGCGCGCGUCAAGCCCGGUGACUCUGUCGUCGUCAUGGGCGCUGGUCCCGUCGGUCUGCUCUGCGCCGCCGUCGCAAAGGCCUACGGUGCUUCCAAGAUUGUCAGUGUCGACAUUGUUCAGAGCAAGCUCGAUUUCGCCAAGGACUUUGCUUCCACACACGUUUACGCCUCUCAGCGCAUCGCGCCCGAGGAGAACGCCAAGAACAUCUGUGAUCUGGCCGGUCUUCCUGACGGCGCCGAUGUAGUUAUCGACGCGAGUGGUGCCGAGCCCUCAAUCCAGGCUUCCAUCCACGUCAUCAAGAAUGGCGGAAGCUACGUUCAGGGCGGUAUGGGCAAGGCCGAUAUUACUUUUCCCAUCAUGGCUUUCUGCAUCAAGGAGGCUACCGCGAGCGGAUCAUUCCGAUAUGGCGCUGGCGAUUACCCUCUUGCUGUUGAGCUUGUUGCUACCGGCAAGGUGGAUGUCAAGAAGCUCAUCACUGGUAUUGUUGACUUUAAGCAGGCCGAGGAGGCUUUCAAGAAGGUCAAGGAGGGAGAGGCGAUCAAGGUUCUUAUCAAGGGGCCUAAUGAGCAGUAA